AUGCCCCCACAAUACAGUGGCGAUGACUACGUUCGUUGCAUGAUCGAAGGAGACGAUGCUCUAUGGUGCACCGCUUGGAACAUUAUCAAACCAAAUCGAUCGAAUCCCAUCUGGAAUGUCAUUGAACGAUAUUCCAACGACACAAAGAAGCAUUACAGACACGAUCUUGUCCAGUCAAGUACUUGCAUCAAAUGGUGCUUGAAGGAACUCGAAGGACUCGACGAAGAAUAUUUAAAAUCACUGGAUGAACCUGAAUUUGAAUUCCAUGGCGAUUACAAAAUCGACGAUACAAUUUUCUACAAUUCGAGCCAAUAUAAGGAAAAGUACGACACUGUGGUGCAACGAUGCAGAAAUAAAUAUUUUACAGAAACUUAUGGAUUGCGAGCACAUACUGGAAUCGUUUAUUGCUAUUCUCCAUUGGAAGAUAGGAGUCCUGAUUCUCUUGAUUGGGCUUUUGUCGUUGUUUUCUUGAUCAUCAUUGGCAUUUUAACAUUCGGAUCCCUCUUGGAUUGUUAUUUAAAUAAAGAGCAUGUCAGAGAACAUUUUGAAGCUCCAAUCAAUAAAUAUUCCCUUGGUACGAGAUUGGCUCUCGCUUUCUCCAUUCCCCGUAACUGGUAUCGUCUUCAUGCGCGUCCCAAGACACAAAUGGCUCGCGAUUUACGUUACAUCCAAGGUCUCCGUUUCACCACAAUCUUCUUGGUAGUUUACGGACACGCCAUUAUCGUCUACGGAUUCUCUCCCGUAUCAAAUACUGAGUUUAUUGAGGAGCAAUAUUACCACUUUUGGGACAUGAUUGCUGUGAACGGCAUGAAUAUCGUACAAACUUUCUUCGCCAUCGGCGGUUUCUUGAUGGGUGUGCAAUUUUUCGACUUGACAGCUAAGCGUAAAUUCAAUUUCGGCUACUUUUGGGUUGCAAUGAUCUAUCGUUAUGUUCGUCUGACGCCCGUUUAUGCCCUUGUCUUGUUCUACGAUGCCACGUGGUUGUACAAAUCCGACAUGGGUCCAUUCUGGAAAACCACGACAGAGACAGAGAAGAGUUUCUGUCGUCGAAAUUGGUGGACGAACAUGUUGUACAUCAAUAACUACGUCAAUCCAUCGCAAAUGUGUAUGACACAAUCGUGGUAUUUGGCUGCUGACUUCCAGUUAUUCGCCGUUGGAUUACUUGUCAUGAUGGCAAUGUGGCGUUUCCCAAGAGUCAAGAAUCAAAUCCUUUACUUUUGCUUGUUUGUGUCUUACUUGAUUCCCGCUGUCAUUACAUACGUGAAGAAAUACGAUGGAGUCUUUUCGUUGUCGCCGCAUGAUAAAAAAUUCAUCUUUCAUCCGAUUGCUGAUGGUUUCAUCAACUAUUACAUCCCGGCUCACACGAAUGCUGGCAACUACUUUGCUGGACUCGGCAUGGCAAUGUUGUAUAAUAAUUACAAGAAAAAUCGCGUUGAUAUCACGAAAUACAAAUCCUUCGUAUUUGCUUUCUACGCCAUUUUCCCCAUUGGAUUGGUAGCCUUCUUGUCUGCCUGGCUCUUCUACAACUGGGAAUGGGAGAAACCGGCUAUCUGGAUUGCUAUCUUCGCGGCCUUUGCUAAGAAUAUUUGGGGAAUUUUGGGUGCAUUUUUAAUGUUUGGCUUCAUAGCUGGCAUUGGAGGCAUCAUUAGAAACUUUUUCCAUUUGCCCAUCUUUACGCCAUUGGGUCGCAUUGCUUACUGUAUUUAUUUGAUUCAUUUUGAUGUGUUCCGGUUGCUGAUGGGUGACUUCCGUGCCUUGCCCAGUGUUAGCCAGGAACCGAUUAUACUUCUUACCUGUGGCGGUUUCUUGAUAUCUGUUGGUGUUGCGAUGGUGCUUUGUAUCACGCUCGAGUUCCCCUUCACGGCUCUCCUGAAGGAAUUGACUGGCGGAAAGAUGGAUGAAGUGGAAAAGCCACCACCAACAUCUUCAGAUACCGACAGAGAUACGGACAGCGACAAAAGUAUUACGGUUGAAUUGACAAACGGACGGACGAUGGUUGACGAUGACAAAGAUCACAUCAAUAGCUUAUCUCAUGAAGUUAGACUUUAA